AUGAGAAAAUACAUCCCUGAGGAGAAAUCAGACAUUUCCCCCAGUGAGCUGCUGAAAAUGGAUAAAAACAUUCUCUUGGUUGGAAGACCUGGAAUUGGAAAGACAGCGCUGAUUCAUGAAAUGUUGAGACUCUGGGCAGAAAGAGAACGCAAAGAGCUUGAUUACAUGUUUUACUUUGACAUGAGGGAAACAUCCCACAUCUUGAAUUCCAAAAGCUUGGAGGAACUUCUUUUUGGUGUGUUCAGUGAACCUGAUGCAGGCAAAGAUGAGGUCUUACAGGAUAUAAAGAGACACUCUGACAACGUGACAAUCAUUUUUGAUGGACUCACAGAUCUCUCUUCACCAGUGGUGGUCGAACUUUUACAGAAAGAUCUACUUCCUCUUGGAAAGAUCAUCAUAACAUGCAGACCAGAUGAUGAAGGUGAAGGCUUUUUUACUGGAGACUUUAUCAGAGUGGAGGUGAAAGGCUUUAGUGAGCAGACUAUAAAAACAUACUUAUCUGCAACACUCGGUGAAGAUCAGAAGAAGGUUUUGAGUAACUUGGAGUUGGUAACUCUUUGUCAUGUCCCCAUGUAUGCACUGAUGGUGGCUGCUUGCUUUAAAUCAGAAGACUCUCCACAGCCAUGUACAAUAACUGAGAUCUACAUCAAUAUUGUUCAAUUCUGCCUUCAGAUAAACAGCAAAACAAAGAAAAAAAAAGAUCUUAAUUCCUUCAUCAGCACCAAGAAAAAAGAAAUUCUGUCUCUGGCUGAAGCUGCUUUUCUUGCAAGUCAACAAAAAACUGUGAACCUGACAGACCUGACCUGUGACGACAGCUGUGUCCUGUCCUUCCUGAAACCACUUCUCAUCAAGGAGGCCCUGACAGAAACGAUAACCACAUAUGCAUUUCUCCAUUACACAGUGCAGGAGUUUUUUGCAGCACUGUGGCUCCUGAAGAAUCCUGAUCAAAUCAGAGAUGUUUUUCAGCAGUGCCUCACAGAGGAGAAGAAACACAUGAAACAUCUGAUCCCCUUCAUGUGUCGACUGUUGAAUGAGAAGAGCCCAAGUUUGAUGAAGCAUCUGAUUCCAGAUCAGGACCUGAAGAAUACAUCUAACUGGUUCUUCAAGGAGCUGAUAAAUACAUUUUUUCCUCAUCUGUGUGAGCAAGAAGAGGCUGAUACUGAGGACAGUGGGCUCCAUGUUGACAUACUGUUCUUAUGCCAGUGCUUGUAUGAGUCCCAGAGUCCUGAAGCAUGCAUCUACCUUCUAGACAAACUGGACUACCAUCUUGACCUCAGUGGAGACAGUCUGGAUCCUUACCCUUGCUGUGCUGUGGCCUAUGUGGUCACUCAGCCUGAGAAUAGGAAAAUAAGGCUGAACGUCGAGGACGUGAUCAUAUCAGAACAAGGAAUGAGACAGCUCUUUGGAUGCCUUGAGAAUGUUGAAUGGUGUGACCCUCUCCCUCGACAGCUGUGGGAGCUUUUUCUUCUAAGUGAAGAACAGAUGGACUUUGCAAAGUUACUUAGCCUUGAUGGAAAUCAGUUACACCUUCCAGUUGAUGGUGAAAAGCAGUUGUUUGAAAGAGCUGUGGCAGUCAUGCAGAGGAUGUCUACAAAGGUUAAUGUCUGCCUCUAUUGGGACAGAGAACCCUCUGCUUGUCAGAGUCUGUGUGAGUCUCUUUUAGAGGCUUUGCCAUUCAUCAGCUCACUCAGCAUCGUGCCUUCAUUAUUAGAACCCUCUGAAGAAAUCAGGUUCUUUGGGGAUCUAUUCCGUGCAGCAGCAGAGAGAGAACAGCAGACAGGAGAGAAGAUACUGGAGCUGUUAUCAUCAGUAUGCAGAUAUGAACGCUUACCUCUUAAAGAUAACUCGUGUGACUUCCUACUGGACCUCUACUCUUACGACAGUAAAACAGGCUUGAGUGUAAUUCCAUCAUUACAGUCAGUUUUCCAGUCAGCUCCUGCAGUCUGGUCCAUAAACCUCUCAGAGAGAAAGACCUCCAUCCUCCUGGAAGUGCUGAAACUCCAACCAGAGAAGAAACAAGUGGAGCUGACAGGCUGCUCACAUGAAGAGAGUGAAGUGAGGAGUUUCCUUCAGUGUCUGCCUUAUAUCUCACAGCUCAGUGUUUUGCCUCUGAGGUUGUGUCUUCAUGAAGCAGUCUGGUUCUUUGUGAAUCUGUUCUGUGCAGCAGCAGAGAGAGAACAGCAGACAGGAGAGAAGAUACUGGAGCUGUUAUCAUCAGUGUGCACAUAUCAAACAUUCCCUGUUCAUGAGAGAGACAUGGAUGAUUCUUAUGUGUCUGAUUUCCUGCUGGAUCUGUACUCUCAUGUGAAGGACUGUGAGACCAAAACAGGCUUGAGUGUCCUUCCGUCAUUACAGUCAGUUUUCCAGUCAGCUCCUGCAGUCUGGUUCAUAAACCUCUCAGAGAGAAAGACCUCCAUCCUCCUCGGAGUGCUGAAACUCCAACCAGAGAAGAAACAAGUGAAGCUGACAGGCUGCUCACAUGAAGAGAGUGAAGUGAGGAGUUUCCUGCAGUGUCUGCCUUAUAUCUCACAGCUCAGUGUUUAUCCUGAUAGGUACCGUCUUCAUGAAGCAGUCAGGUUCUUUGUGAAUCUGUUCUGUGCAGCAACAGAGAGAGAACAGCAGACAGGAGAGAAGAUACUGGAGCUGUUAUCAUCAGUGUGCACAUAUCAAACAUUCCCUGUUCAUGAGAGAGACAUGGAUGAUUCUUAUGUGUCUGAUUUCCUGCUGGAUCUGUGCUCUCAUGUGAAGGACUGUGAGACUAAAACAGGCUUGAGUGUCCUUCCAUCUUUACAGUCAGUUUUCCAGUCAGCUCCUGCAGUCUGGUCCAUAAACCUCUCAGAGAGAAAGACCUCCAUCCUCCUGGAAGUGCUGAAACUCCAACCAGAGAAGAAACAAGUGAAGCUGACAGGCUGCUCACAUGAAGAGAGUGAAGUGAGGAGUUUCCUGCAGUGUCUGCCUUAUAUCUCACAGCUCAGUGUUUUUCCUAAGAGGUCAGAUCUUCAUGAAAAAGUCAGGUUCUUUGGGAAUCUGUUCUGUGCAGCAGCUGAGAGAGAACAGCAGACAGGAGAGAAGAUACUGGAGCUGUUAUCAUCAGUGUGCACAUAUCAAACAUUCCCUGUUCAUGAGAGAGACAGGGUUGCAAAGUAUCAGUGUGAUUUCCUGCUGGAUCUGUACUCUCAUGUGAAGGACUGUGAGACUAAAACAGGCUUGAGUGUCCUUCCAUCAUUACAGUCAGUUUUCCAGUCAGCUCCUGCAGUCUGGUCCAUAAACCUCUCAGAGAGAAAGACCUCCAUCCUCCUGGAAGUGCUGAAACUCCAACCAGAGAAGAAACAAGUGAAGCUGACAGGCUGCUCACAUGAUGAGAGUGAAGUGAGGAGUUUCCUGCAGUUUCUGCCUUAUAUCUCACAGCUCAGUGUUUAUCCUGAUAGGUCAUGUCUUCAUGAAGCAGUCAGGUUCUUUGUGAAUCUGUUCUGUGCAGCAGCAGAGAGAGAACAGCAGACAGGAGAGAAGAUACUGGAGCUGUUAUCAUCAGUGUGCACAUAUCAAACAUUCCCUGUUCAUGAGAGAGACAUGGAUGGUUCUUAUGUGUCUGAUUUCCUGCUGGAUCUGUGCUCUCAUGUGAAGGACUGUGAGACCAAAACAGGCUUGAGUGUCCUUCCAUCAUUACAGUCAGUUUUCCAGUCAGCUCCUGCAGUCUGGUCCAUAAACCUCUCAGAGAGAAAGACCUCCAUCCUCCUGGAAGUGCUGAAACUCCAACCAGAGAAGAAACAAGUGGAGCUGACAGGCUGCUCACAUGAUGAGAGUGAAGUGAAGAGUUUCCUGCAGUGUCUGCCUUAUAUCUCACAGCUCAGUGUUGAUCCUGAGUGGUCAUAUCUUCAUGAAACAGUCAGGUUCUUUGUGAAUCUGUUCUGUGCAGCAGCAGAGAGAAAACAGCAGACAGGAGAGAAGAUACUGGAGCUGUUAUCAUCAGUGUGCACAUAUCAAACAUUCCCUGUUCAUGAGAGAGGCAUGAAUACCAAUGAAAUGAAGUAUCAGUGUAAUUUCCUGCUGGAUCUGUACUCCCAUGUGAAGGACUGUAAGACUGAAACAGGCUUGAGUGUCCUUCCAUCAUUACAGUCAGUUUUCCAGUCAGCUCCUGCAGUCUGGUCCAUAAAGCUCUCAGAGAGAAAGACCUCCAUCCUUCUGGAAGUGCUGAAACUCCAACCAGAGAAGAAACAAGUGGAGCUGACAGGCUGCUCACAUGAAGAGAGUGAAGUGAGGAGUUUCCUGCAGUGUCUGCCUUAUAUCUCACAGCUCAGCUGUGAUCCAGACUUCUUCCAGAGUGUGUGUACAUCCAUGUCUGUAAGAUCCAGAGAGGAGGCCCAGCAGCUGAAGUCUCUGCUGCAGCUGCUGGGGUUCCAGCUGCUGUUAACAGGAGAGUUACACAGGAAAAUCUGCUGGUCUGUGGGGAGAGUUCUCAGACUGUGUGGCUCUAAAGUGGAUCUCAUCCUCACACCCAGCAAGAUGUCUGCCAGAGGAGCCGCUCUCCUCUUUAGACACACAACACAACUACACAGUCUGAGGCUUUCCAUCGACAUGUCCUUGCUCCUGUUUCAGUGGGUAAGAAGAGGCAGAGUGGUCUGUCCGCUGGCUGUUGAAGAGCUUUCUCUUAUGCCUAAGAAAGCCCGACCAUCACACAGAGUAUUGUUGAGGGCUGUCAGUAGUUUGGCUUCCCUGCUGAGAUACUGGACAGUCGCACGGUUAGACCUGACUGAGACCUGCAUCCCUGCUCAGGGUCUCAUUACACUGCUGCUCCAUGAUGGUCCUCUAACAGUCAAACUGAGUGAAGAGAGCUCCCAGCAGCUUCUGUGUCUCCUCCAUGAAAUCCAGGACAAGGACUUGACGUUGUCCUUCUUCAGUAAGGUUGGUGGAGACCUGACCUCCUGCUGUCUGAACUGGGAGCUUCUUCACUAUCUGCUGCAGCAGUCGUCAGCUCAGACCAUCACUGUGAACCUGAGGAAGAACCUCUUCUUACAGGAGGAAACCACACAUCUGCUUCCCUUUCUGGACAGGAUUGUGUUUAAAAGGCCCAGUCCCAGCUUUGUGAUGAGCUCCAUCAGAGAGCUCUACAGAGCUCAUGACAGUCACGCUGUACCCAGUUUACUGAGGUCAUUUGGUCAUGUGAUCAACCUGAGCAGCAGAGAGCUGGACUCAGUGGACUGUGCUGCUCUGAUCUUCAUCCUCAAACACGGAGACGGAGUCAAACUGAACCUCCUGUGGACCUCCAUACCAGCAGAGGGAGUAGAGUCCAUCCUCUUCAUGCUGGACAAAGUUUCUCAUCUCAGUGUUGACAGGAAUCAGCUACUGAGGUUCAUCCACUGCUGUGCUGCCUGUGAUGUCCAGCAGGAGGCAGCGUCAGGCCUGCUGAGGACUCUGCAGCACAGCUUGGAUCUGUCCUGCUCCUCCUGUGUGGAGCUACCAGAGGAGGAUCAGCCUGAGCCUCUGAGUCUGACUGCUGAUGACUGCAGGGCCGUCUCCACCAUCCUGACACACAGCAGCCGGGACACACAGCUCGACCUGCGAGACUGUGAGGUGGAGGACAGCGUGCUGGACCUGCUGUUUCCUGUCCUCCACAGGGUCCGCCUCAGAGUCAGUAAAACUGUCCUCCUCCAGCUGCUGUCUCUGGUUCCUGUGAACAGUGAGAGGGACACAGUGAGGCGGGCGGUGUCCCUGUGUAGAGCCCUGGGUGGAGAGCUGGAUCUCAGUCACAGCACGCUGGAUCAGAGGGCCUGUGGGGCUUUGGUCCAGAUGCUGGACUCGUGUGAAGGGCUGACAGAGCUGGACCUCAGUCACUGUCAGCUCACUGACCAGCUGCUGCUCCCUCUCAUCACACAUCUGCACAAAGUCCAAGUCCUGGAUCUGAGUCACAAUCAGAUCACUGAUGCUUCGACUGAUGUGUUACUGCAGCUGCUCUCCAUCAACCCCUCCAUCGACUGUGUGCGACUCUACAGCAACAACAUUGUGGACAGAGCAGCCUUCAAGGAACACAAGCAGUUUGAGGCUAAGAUAACAAGGAAAUCUGCAUCGACGGCGCAGGGACCAACACCAAACUGAGGAUCUCAAAAGAAGAAGCCUGAUAUCAGGACGCAGUGAACGCAGUG